AUGGCAUCCAUGUCACCACCCAACACCACUUUUGGUCCUUCGGGGCCAUCUUCGAACGGAGGGAGCGAAUCGCCUCAACAGGCGGCGCCUCCCAAGAACGUCGCAUUUGAGCUGAUGUUCCUCGACUCCCCUCAAUACCGUGCGCGCUUGCCCAUGCGAGUGCAAAUAUAUCCCCACGAUACUACAGACUCGAUUGUCACUACCGUGAAGAAUUUUUAUGGUCUGUACUCGGGUCCCGCCGGAUCAAAGGGAGUCAGCUUCGAAGAUCAAAACGGCAAUACUCUUAUCGCUCGCUAUGAGAACUUCAGCAACAACAUGGUUGUCUACGUCAGGGUCAUAGAAGAGCCCCCGGCGAACCCAUCUGCAUAUGCUCCCCAUCCGUUCCAUAACCCUUCUGUUAGCGCCCACACAUAUUACAGCGACAAUGGAUAUCCUGCCCCUCAGGCUCAGCGCCUGGCACAAGAACUAUCUAGGCCCAGCUCUCGAUCAUCGCGGAGGCGAAGCCCUUCUCCCAACACUGUUCGCGGCCGAAGAAGUGCUUCUGCCAGCACAAAUGGAAAGAAGGGUCGUUCACGUUCAUCCAAGACCCGUGUUUCGGCUUCUCGAAGCCACGCCGAACUAUAUAGCGAUAGCAUAAACGGAUACAGCAGCAAUGAUGAUCAAGGCUCGACAUCUGGCAAGAACAAGGACCAACUGCCCACUACCGACAUCAGUGUCGAGAACAUUGUUGAAGGUGGUCGUCGCAAGAGGGCCAAGUUCGAAAGCUCGGAACUGCCAUUGUUCGCACCACCUCAGAUGCCAGCGGCAACCUCGAACCCAUCCGUGUCUCCUACCCGUCGUGCUGAACCCCAUCGCCCCUCUAUGACUUUUGUGCCGUCUCAUCAAAAUCCCUUCACGAAUCCCCCUCGCCCCAUGCCGUCGCCGCAAGCAUAUAGCCAUGGCAUUGCACACCCCAACCUUUACACAACACCAGGACCGGACGCUCGUCGUAACCGAAAUAGCGGCGGAUAUACAAGCAGCGCGAUGGGAAUUCUUCCUACCCCCGACCCCACUGUGGGCAGCUGCAUGUCUGAAGAGGACAAGGAUGUCGCCAUUCAGCUGAUGCGUCUCGGUGACAUGUCCAACAUCUCCCACGGUCGAACUUCUGCAUCUACACUCGAUGACACAUUUAGUGGUAGAGCCGAUAUUGCGUCGUCUACUGGUGCUACCAGUGAUGAAGAGAGCGAGAGCGAGGCUGAACUUCCUCCUCCCCGUCGUCAGAAGCUCGACGUCUCCGGCACUGUCGGCAAUGUCUACCAGACUACCGAGUCACACUUCAUGCCGCCUCCUGAGAGCGCUGAAGUCAGCGGAGAUGAUGCCGACUAUGAGGAUGGCGCUGAUGACUCGCUUCUCUCAAAUGGCAAGACUAAGCCUGCCAAGAUCACAAAGACAACCACCAAACACAAAAGCUCUGGCUCCAUUUCCAAGACAACGUCGACAAAGACUUCCAAAGUCGCUCGCCCCUCCAAUGGCACAAAGGGCAAGAAGUUGCCCCCUGUCCCUAGCGGCCCAAUGUCUCCCGCUUCUAUGCCCCCUUCACGAAAGCAGUCAGUCGCUUCCACUGGACAAACCCCCCUCGUUCCUGGUGAAGAUGACCAGCCUGAUCUGUCCACCAAGCCGCGUUGCCAACGGUGCAGGAAGAGCAAGAAGGGUUGCGAUCGCCAGCGACCUUGUGGUCGCUGCCGUGAUGCUGGCUUAUCAGCCGAUCAAUGCAUUAGUGAGGAUGAGGGCAACGGCCGAAAGGGUCGAUACGGUCGCCACAUGGGAGUGCCUAUCAAGAAGGAUGAGGUCCCCCCCGUUGCCCAACCUGCGCUAUUACCUGCUGCACCUAUUGCCGCCGCAACCAUGACAAUGGACAAGUCCAAGAAGCGUAAGCGGUAG